UUUCUGGCUGCUGUUUUCAUCGCGAGCUUGGAUUCAGACAUUCGGUGCCGUCCAUGCAAGGGGUAGACGGAUUUGGGUGAGGAGUCUAUUGCUUCUUCGAUCGGGGAUUGAGUGUUUGGUCUACCGUCCUUGUUUAUUUAGCUCGUCGGUGUUCCAGGGAGUUCGACGUGUAUGGGUGUAGUGUGUUGGGCUGACAAGUCUGAACUCUAUUUUUUUUCCUUUCUUUCCUCUUUGCGGACACUUCACGUUUUUAUUCCGUGUCGCGUAGACCGUACGCGAGUGGUUCGGUUUGUUUGAUUUCGCCCUUGCGCAGGCGGCCUCAGCUGCUAAAGUCUUGAUUAACCCCGUCUAAUUGCUUGUAUCUGCAGCCAGUUCAUCUGGAAAGGGUUUUAUCUGUUCUUUUACAAAGGUUGCUUUUGCCUACUGACGCGUGAAUAUCGAAUAGUGAUGAUAGUAUAUUCGCGCUUUGCUUGUACGUGUCUGUACUCUGUUGUCCCUUCUGUUCAAAGCGGCAACUAUUCAUCUGCGUCGAAAGGGAAUCCUUUUGCAGCGUGAAUUUGACUGUUCUUGAGCGAAAUUUGCCGCGUUUAUUUGAGUGGCGCAGAGAGUCCGCUGGCUUCCAGCCUUCCACGAGUAGCCGGCAAGCGACCAGAUAGAGGGAAAAAAGAGAGGGUUAGUGGUGCACUGGUGCUUAACACCUGUAUUUGUUGUACCUGAAGUUUGGCAUAUGGCCACUUAUUCUGUGCCACACUUACCGGUCAUGUGCAUGGAAAGCGUCCAUUCGAUAUGCCAAGAUAUGAACAUGCCACUUAAAAUGAUAACUUGGGACCAGGGAGCCAUUUGCAAUAGAGGUCGCAAAAAGUUUGGUUGCACUUCGUCCUAUUUGUCUCUCACUCACUCAGUCACUCCUAUGUGCUGAUAUGCUGUGCUAAGCUGGCAUGAAAGACUCUUGACUUCUUCAGAGCAUUGAUGCCAAUUGCAAUAAAAGCGUUUGUUUGUCUCCAAGAUGACUAUUCAUCACUCUAUCUUUCGGUGGUACCAAAUGCAUUAUGGUCACUCUAUUUGAAGAAUUCCACUGGAUCCAGCUGCUGAACGGGGUACCAGAAGGUGGAUUUGGUAGUAGCACUGAACAGCGAGUGGAAUUUCUCUAAUACUGUCCAGGAUCAUGGUUCCUCUCUGUGGUUUCUGUGGGAAACAAAGGUCAAUGAUCUACUGCAGAUCGGAUGCGGCAUCAUUGUGCUUAUCAUGCGACCGUAGCGUUCAUUCAGCUAAUGCACUGUCUCGGCGUCAUAGAAGGACCCUUCUUUGUGAUCGUUGUGGUUUACAGCCUGCAUCAGUCCGAUGUCUUGAGGACAACACAUCACUUUGCCAAAACUGUGAUUGGAAUGGGCAUGAUGCAGCAUCAGGGGCUUCUGGGCAUAAAAGGCAGGCCAUAAACUGUUACUCAGGGUGCCCAUCAUCAGCAGAGCUUUCGAGAAUCUGGUCAUUUAUUAUCGAUAUCCCGACUGUAGCUGCUGAGCCCAACUGUGAGGAUGGGCUAAGCAUGAUGACAAUUGAUGACAGUGAUGUGACUAAUCAUCACGGUGCUUCAGAUGAUAAACGAUUGUUGGAAAUAGCUAACACAGCACUCAUGAGUGAUCCACCUUCACCUGACAAGCUUAAACCUCUGAUAGGCUCUUCUUCUGGAGAUGGGUUUGAUGUUCUGCCUCUAGCCACAGAUCAGCCUGCUGGACCAGUUUCAGCGACACCUAAGGUACCUUAUGCCAGAGAUGACAAUAAGUUCAAUGAUGGCAUGUAUGAAGACUUAUGUGUGGAUGAUGCUGACCUGACAUUCGAGAAUUAUGAAGAGCUAUUCGGUACCUCUCACAUUCGAAUAGAGGAACUCUUUGAUGACGCCGGAAUUGACAGUUACUUUGAAAUGAAGGAAACACCGCCUUUUGAUUUCAAUGAGCAGCCCAAAAUUGUGCAGCUACAAUGUAGCGAUGUGGUACCAGCUGAUUGUGCGAUGUCAAACACAGGGGAAAGGGCUGAUUCCAGCCUUUGUAUUCCUGUUAGGCAGGUCAGAUCUAGUAUAUCCCAUCCCUUAUCUGGUUUGACUGGUGAGAGCAGCGCUGGAGAUCACCAAGACUGUGGGGUGUCACCAAUUCUCCUCAUGGGCGAGCCACCCUGGUAUUCUCCUGGUCCAGAAGGCUCAUUAGCUGGAGGAAGCAGAGAUAGUGCUCUCACACGAUACAAGGAGAAGAAGAAGAAAAGAAUGUUUGACAAGAAGAUCAGAUAUGCUUCUCGCAAGGCUAGGGCAGACGUGAGGAAGAGGGUCAAGGGACGGUUUAUAAAGGCUGGCGAAGCGUAUGACUAUGAUCCACUAAGUCAAACUAGAAGCUACUGAGACUGCUGAGCCUUGAAUGCGGCUGCUUGUUGAUCGUCCAGUGUCAGCCUAGCAAAUCUUCAACGGCUCGUCUGUUGUAGGUCGUUGCGCUACAGGCAAGAUUACUGGAGAGCACAGCGAUUGCAAAUUUGCAAUGCACGCAUCAGAGCCUGCAGUUGAAAUACGAAAAAAAAAGGUUAAGAAGAGGUACCAAGGGUUGGGAUGAAUGAAAAAAAAGGAAAUACGACGCGAACUUGCCGGACGCCUUGUGGUUUGGAUGGAGCAUACAUAUUCAUUCUUCAGUUCAUCUGCAGAUGAGAGUGAUUUGGAUCAGCUCUGCCGUCUGUGCGUUGAACAGAUGCAGUUAUGGGCGCUCGUCCUCCGGCUGUGUCUACCGCUGCGUGCAAGGACCUGCGUCGGCCACGGUGUUCGGCAGUGAGCUGCCAGGAUUUUACAGUCUGGGUAACAGCCUAACAGGAUCCCCUUAUUUAUUACCUCCCAGCUUGCGCUCUGUAACAAUAUUAUUUGUGAAGCACAACAUUCUCUUGUCAGGAGAUUGUUUUCGAUCGUGUGUUUAUGUUUGUAGAUGGACGCAAUAUUGGUAAAAAGAAGUAGCCGUCAUGAAGUGUGUUCUUGUCGGAUCGCAUAUAGCACUGGGGAUGAGCAGGAGAAUCACACAUAUUUCAUCUGGACGUCGAACCUCUAACUAUUCUAUGCCAGAGUAACCUUCUUGUGCUUUGUCAUGCACUAUAGUCAUCUGAUAUAUGCUUUACUAUU